UAGAUGUAUCACCGACCCGAAGGCGAAGAACCGGCAAAAUAGAGAUUGACUGAGAGAGAGAGGGGAAAGAGAGAAAUUCCUCGUGCGUUGGGCUCCGGUGUCCACCUUCAUCCUCACCAGAAAUAAUCAACCGAGGUUGACGAAAGAUGAUGUCCGGCAAUUAUACGGCGAUCGACAGUCAAAAAGUCUCCGGAUCUGUUCCUGCGGUUUCGGAUUCAGCAGGUCACAUCGCCGUUAAAUUCAGCGAUUCGAAUCUCCAGACCUUUCCGCCUACAGGGCCGCAGGGGAAGAUCGUUGGUGGCUCUGGGCCUCCUCGCGAUGCGGAUGAUACAUUCUCAAAAUCGGCAUUUGGCUCUGAAGAACCACAGCCAAGCAGCUGGUUUCAAGCAUUAACAAUUGGAUAUUACAAGCCUUUCUUUGAUAUCGAUACCUCAGAUGUCCUGGAGAGGAUAAAGGAUUCACUUUUUCCAUUUAAAGGAAGCUUCUCUGAGAAAACUGCCGACAACCCGGAUUUGUAUGGACCAUUCUGGAUCUGUACAACCUUAAUUUUUGUAGCAGCUUCAAUCAGUACAUUUGUCACUUAUGUGGCACACAAGAUUCAGAAAAAAGACUGGGUUUAUGACAUAAACCUGGUGACUUGGUCUGCUGGUUUGUUCUAUGGUUACGUCACUGUUGUUCCUAUUUGCUUGUAUCUAAUCCUCAAGUACUUCUCUGUUCCCUCUGGCCUUGUUCAGCUGUUCUGCCUCUACGGUUACUCUCUGUUUAUCUUCAUUCCUGCUUUGUGUUUAUCUGUCAUUCCCUUGGAUUUGUUUAGAUGGGUAGUUGCUGGAGUAGCGGGUUUCAUGUCAGCGACCUUUGUUGCACUCAAUCUCCGAAACCACAUCAGGUCGGCAGGUGAAAGAUGGUUCUUCAUAGUGACCGGGAUUUUCCUCUUGCAGGUAGCUCUGGCUAUCGUGCUAAAGAUUUGUCUGUUCACUAUCUCCGUGUAAUAAUAAUCUAGCAUCACUGGUUCUGCCAAGAACUGCUAUAGUAGACACAGAAAAGGGCUUUGUUGCCCUGUUGUUUGUCCCUAUAAACUUGCACAGAUGUAUUCUCCUAUCAUUUGAAACUAACUAUUCAUUAAUUUUUUGGGAAUAUAAACUUAAGAUGACAAUCCUCUA